GCCGCCGCCGCCGCCACCACUCCCGCUCUCUCUGCUCCGCCGCCGCCGCCGCCGCCGCCGCCGCCGCCGCCGCUGCCGCCACAGGCUGAGUCUGCAGCCCUGAGAUCUCAGCCAUCAUGUCGAUAGAGAAGAUCUGGGCCCGGGAGAUUCUGGACUCCCGUGGGAAUCCCACGGUGGAGGUGGAUCUCCACACUGCCAAAGGUCUUUUCCGGGCUGCGGUGCCCAGUGGAGCCUCCACUGGUAUCUAUGAGGCCCUGGAGCUGAGGGAUGGGGACAAACAGCGUUACUUAGGCAAAGGUGUCCUGAAGGCAGUGGACCACAUCAACACCACCAUCGCUCCUGCCCUCAUCAGCUCAGGUCUCUCUGUGGUGGAGCAGGAGAAGCUGGACAACCUGAUGCUGGAGCUCGAUGGGACUGAGAACAAAUCCAAGUUUGGGGCCAAUGCCAUCCUGGGUGUGUCCCUGGCCGUGUGUAAGGCAGGGGCGGCCGAGAGGGAAUUGCCUCUAUAUCGCCACAUUGCUCAGCUGGCCGGAAACUCCGACCUCAUCCUGCCCGUGCCGGCCUUCAACGUGAUCAAUGGUGGCUCUCAUGCUGGGAAUAAGCUGGCCAUGCAGGAAUUUAUGAUCCUCCCAGUGGGCGCUGAGAGCUUUCGGGAUGCCAUGCGACUCGGGGCGGAGGUCUACCACACACUCAAGGGGGUCAUCAAGGACAAGUACGGCAAGGAUGCCACCAAUGUGGGAGAUGAAGGUGGCUUUGCCCCCAACAUCCUGGAGAACAGUGAGGCCUUGGAGCUGGUGAAGGAAGCCAUCGACAAGGCUGGCUACACAGAAAAGAUUGUCAUUGGCAUGGAUGUCGCUGCCUCGGAGUUUCAUCGUGACGGCAAAUAUGACUUGGACUUCAAGUCUCCUGCUGAUCCUUCCCGAUACAUCACUGGGGACCAGCUAGGGGCCCUCUACCAGGACUUUGUCAGGGACUAUCCUGUGGUCUCCAUUGAGGACCCCUUUGACCAGGAUGAUUGGGCUGCCUGGUCGAAGUUCACAGCCAAUGUAGGGAUCCAGAUUGUGGGUGAUGACCUGACAGUGACCAACCCAAAGCGUAUUGAGCGGGCAGUGGAGGAAAAGGCCUGCAACUGUCUGCUGCUCAAGGUCAACCAGAUCGGUUCGGUCACUGAAGCUAUCCAAGCGUGCAAGCUGGCCCAGGAGAAUGGCUGGGGGGUCAUGGUGAGUCAUCGCUCAGGAGAGACCGAGGACACAUUCAUCGCUGACCUGGUGGUGGGGCUGUGCACAGGCCAGAUCAAGACUGGAGCCCCUUGCCGUUCGGAGCGUCUGGCUAAGUACAACCAGCUCAUGAGAAUUGAAGAAGAGCUGGGGGACGAAGCCCGCUUCGCUGGACAUAAUUUCCGCAAUCCCAGCGUGCUGUGAUCCCUCUCCUUACCCGGAGACUUGGAACCCCUCUCCCAUCCUCCUGGAACCUCUUUCUUCCUG